AUGCCACCUGCAAAGGUUGCCUCUGCGCCCAAGGCGCCACAGGCUCUGCCAGUGGAUGGAUUUGGCAGCAAUUCCAUGGUGAAAUCCAUGGGUGUAAUGAGACCGCCCCCUCGGCCUGGAGCCCCUGGAAAUCUUCGACCGUUUGCGCCACUCCAAGGGCAAGGCAGUCCAAUGACAGGGCCUUCGCACUUUGGGGUGUCCGUGCCCGGUCCUUUGCGGCCGCCUAUGCCGGGGAUGGCCACUGGAGGAGGCUUCAGGCCUGGCUGUCCCGGCUUUGGGGGACAAGGUUUUCCAGCGUCAUGCGGACCUGGCGGACCUUCGUAUCCGGGACCAUUGCACGCCCAGUCCAGGCCAGCGAUGACGGCGCCAGGGCCCAACGGCGGCCUCAAGGCACAGCUCGUCCUUCGUCCGGAGGAUGAUGUGGAAGUGCCGGUCGUGGAGGACUGGCAAGAUGAUCCAGAGAAGGUGGAGGAAGCGGAGAUGCAAUCUCCACAGGAUGAGAAACUGCCACCUGAGCAGCUGGAGAGUUGUCUCCUGCGCUGGACCCGACCUGGGCCCAUCGUCCCAGAGGAACUGGAGAAGCUUCCGAAAGGAAUCGAAGCUGUCAUGGCGCGGAAGAUCUACCGACACCGACAGCAACAGAUUGUGGACGUCUUUGACAAUCUCUUCACCGAUGUGGUGGACAAGGCCCUCUUUGAGUUGGCCAAAGAGGUUUUCAUCAAAGCCCGGCCCGAUGCUGCGAAGUCUUGGGACCUGCUCUCUGCGCGGAUGUCCUCCUUUGGUGGAGAUCAGUUGAAAGGGCUUCUCUUGGAUGACGCAGAAGGACCGAAGGUGGUGGAAAUGAGUCCUAAAACGGACCAAGAAGAUGAGGAGGAACGGACGAAGGCUGAAACCCAAGUCAUGACAAAGGCUCAGCCCAUGACGAAGGCCCUUCCGGUGAAGGCGCCUGAAGCGUGCGUCAGCUCCACUCCAGCGCUGCCAGUUGGGCCACUGGCUCCGCAAGCACAAGCUCUGCAGGCGCCACAGAUGCCAAUGUCAGCAAUGCCCAUGGCAAAUCCACUGAUGGCCCAGCUGCCCGGCAUGAUGGGUUUUGGAGCCAUGCCAAUGGUGCCAACGAUGCCCAUGGGUGCCAUGCCUGGCGCGAUGCUGGGCAAUGCCAUGAUGGAGGAAGACGCCAAGGCCAAAGAAGCGAAGGAGGCGCAAGAAGCCAAAGAGAAGGAGGCCAAAGAAGAGGAGGUCAGAAAAAGACGAGAAGCAGAGGCGAAGGAAGCUGAGGCGAAGGAGAAGGAAAGGGAACGACGGAGGAAGGAAGCUGCCAAGGUGCCAGUGGAACCUCCACCCAUGGAAUUUGAAGAGAUCGUGAAUUCCAUGCCUGUCACUCCAUUCUGGAAGAUUCCUGUGCAAAAGGCAGAAAUUCCGCUUGGCAUCAGAUUACGAGUCUUCGAUGGAGGUGGUGCCCGAGAAGUUGCAAGCAUGGCGGUGACGAAGUCCUUGAUCUUCGGCAUGGAUGCCGAACGCUCUCAUGUUGUUGAAAGACAUGGUCAGGGCGUCUAUGCUGAGCAUGUAGCUUUGAUCUACACUCCGAAGGGCUUUCAGCUUCAUCCCAUCUCGGGUCAGAGCGUGCAAUCCGCUGUUCCUCACCAUCCCAAGCUGAUCGUGAAGCUUCGCAACGAAGCCGAAAAGCUGCCUGAUGAGAAGCGAAGCCAAGUCACGGGCCUGCUGGAGGAGAUGGAAAAGCACGAGAUCCGAUCUGUGCUGUUUCAGCCUGGAGAUGGGCGGAAGAAACUCACGUGGCAGUCCUGUGUCUUCAGCCUUGGGCGCUCCGAGAGGAUCUACUUUCUGGAUCUGAUCUCGAAAGCCGAUCAGUUGCCUGAGGAAGCGGGUGGUCGUAAAGUGACCGAGAAGCCUCCGAAGGCCGAGGCGAAGGCCGAUGCCAAGGAAACUGCAGCGCCAGAAAAAGAAGUUAAGAGUGAAGAAGCACCAAAAGUGCCAAAGGAGGAGGAGAAAGCAGAGAAAGCGGAGAAGGCUGAAAAAGAAGAGCCUGAGGUGGAGGAAGCCAAAGAAGAAACAAGGUCUGUCAAGGAGGAAACGCCUGAUGUCAAGGAGAAGGACAAAGCCGAAGAAAAGACAGGCAAAGAAAAGGAAAAAGAAAAGGAAAAAGAGAAGGAAAAAGAGAAAGAAAAAGAGAAAGAAAAAGAGAAAGAAAAAGAGAAAGAAAAAGAGAAAGAAAAAGAGAAAGAAAAAGAGAAAGAAAAAGACAAGGCAAAGAAGGCCAAGCGAAGUGCUAGCCGGAAACGGCGAGGCUCUGCUAGAAGCAGAAGUCGUAGCAAAGACAGACAUCGAGACAGACGAGGAUCCCGCAGAAGUCGGAGGCGGAGUCGUGGAAAACAUCGACAUUCGUCUUCCUCCCGGAAACGGAGAGCUUCUUCUUCUUCUGAAAUACCGGAGAAAAGAAGAAGGCAUUCUAGAAGGAAAGACAAAGAAAGAGGGAAGCGAAAGAGGAAGGACGAGGAGUCGGAGGAAGCAAAAGACGGCAGCGAUGCUGAAGAAGCACCUGCAGAGUCGCCUGCGGCUUCCGUGUCAUCCUCUGAUCUCAUAGGGCUCUCAAGGAAAGCGCCCGCUGCAGCUUUUGCGGACCUUGCGCAAGAUUUGCAGCCGCCAGCCGAUGGCCAGGAUGCUGCAGCUGAAGCUGAAAAGCAGAAAGCUGACGAGGAGAGAAGACUUCGUGAAGAGAAGCUUCGAGCUGAGAUCGAGGAAAAGAUGCAGGAGCAGAUGAAACAAGAAGCUGAAGAAAAGGCACGGAAACAAGAAGAGGAAAGAAAAAAGCAGGAUCUGAUCCGGAAACUGGAGGAGGAGAAAAGAAAGCAGCAGCAAGAUCUAGCGAAGAAAGAGGAGAAAAGGAAGCAGGAGCUUGCCAAGAAAGAGGCCAAGAAAGCCAAGGAAGCGAAAGAGAAAGAAGAGAGCAAAAAGAAGGCCCAGUUGGUUCAAGCCAAGCAGAAGGAAAAGAAGGCCGUCUUGAAAGCGAAGAAGGACUCCGAGCCGGGGGAGAGUGCCUCCGAGGAAAGCAGCGAAGAGGAAGAGGAAGAGGAAGAGGAGGAAGAGGAAGAGGAAGAUGAAGAGGAGGAAUCCUCUGAACAAGUCAAGAAAGCGAAGCACAAGAAGGACAAAGGGACUAAAAACAAAGACAGCAAAAAGGUACAAGAAGCGCGGAAAAAACUCACUGAGGAACUCAUCAAGCAGAAGAUGAGGGAAGCAAUGAGGAAGAAGUUAGGGAGCAAAGCGAAGAAGUCGAAGAAGGAAAGCUCCAGCGAGGGCAGCAGCUCUUGA